AUGGUCGCUUACGCCGAAGAUGGAACAAGACUUAUAGCUGGUUACAUACCUAAGACUAGUUUAUCAUGUGUUGGUAUAGCCUUUUACGGUCUUUUGGCUGCAGUAUUCUGGGCUCGGUUCUUCCUUCAAGGCCGCCACAAAUACAUGCUCACGUUGUGUAUUGGUACGACCACCAUGGCUCUUGGUUUCGCUGUUAGAAUAGGUUUAACCAGUAAUCCCGGCUCCAUGGGUGUCUAUAUUGUGAUGACUCUGUUCACAUUACUUUCACCUUGUGCAUUCCUAGCAAAUGAUUACAUCAUCUUACCGCGUUUGGUAGCUUGGCUCGACGCCGAAGAACAAUUGUUUAUCAGACCAAGUAGAGUAGUAAGGAUAUUCGUGUGGAGCGAUGUGUUCACUUUCUGGCUUCAAGCUGGUGGUGGCGGUUUGAGUGCUGCGCGUGAUUCACCAUCGUUGCAGAAGAUCGGACUUUACGUCGCUCUAGUCGGUCUCAUUCUUCAAUGUUUAUCUUUCAUGACUUUCAUAGGACUCGCAGUUGUCUUUGGACGUAGAAUUAAAAAAACGUCCAAGUGGACUAAAACGCCAAACAACGCUCAAGGAUAUACGGUUUCUCUUUGGUGGAAGGAAGAUUGGAGAUCGAUCUAUUUCGCCAUUUUGUGGACUAGUAUAGGGAUAAUGGUCCGUUGUAUCUUCAGAGUAGUUGAAUACGCACAAGGUUUCGAUGGCUCUUUACGUAAUGCCGAAUGGGCAUUUUACGCUUUAGAUGCUUUACCACUUUUCUUAGCUUUAUCAGUUUGGACCGUCAUUUGGCCACCUGCAAUCUUAACAGAUCAUAAGCAAUAUCAUUCAAAUAUGGGUGACAGUGGAACUGCUGUUCUAAAUAAUUCCACUUCUUCUCAUAUCCCUCUGACAACUAGAUCGACCCCUCAAUGGAAUUAUGAGGAGACCAAACAAGUUCCACGUCAAUAUGCGUAA